AAUUUGAACUUGUCGGAUUUGUAAUAUUAGAAUCUGUUGGACAAGAGAUUGGUCAAUACUUGUCAAAGCAUUUGCAAGGUUCAGAUUGGAAGUUAGAACUGCACGUGGGAAACACUCCAUCGGCUACAGAGUUGUGA